GAACAGCUCCGGAAACAACCGAACGUGGCCGAAAAGUCCCGAGGGAGGAAGCGUGAAAGUGAGCGUCUGCAGCUCUGAGAGCAGCGCUUCUUGGCGGAGGAGCCUUCAUCCGCAGUGCUCCCGGGAGCUCUGCUUCUCCACCACUCCUGGAAUCAUCUCCGUUGUUCCGGUGGACACCUUCGGAAGGUCACAGGAUUAACCUGAUUCUAUGGAAGGAGCUGCACCUCCUUUCAGAUGGGAUUUCUGGAGCUUUCCUUCAUUUAUCCCUCCAAAUAAGUCACAGUCUUAUUGGAUACAAGUGUGAGUCUGCAGCAAAUGAACUCCAGUUUCAGGACCGAAGGAGGUCCCUCACCCCUGAGAUGAUGGAUCUUCAAUUCAGAGGGUUUAUUUUUCUGCUACUGCUGGCCCAGCUGAUCCUGCCCGCUCACACUGACAGCAUGCCGAGCUUCAUCAAAGCCCCAGAUGACCAAACGGGGAUUUCUGGAGGAGUGGCGUCUUUUGUUUGCCAGGCAGGAGGGGAGCCCAAACCACGGAUCACCUGGAUGAAAAAGGGAAAGAAGGUCAACUCUCAACGCUUUGAGGUGAUUGACUUUGACGACGGCUCUGGCUCAGUGUUGCGGAUUCAGCCUUUGAGGACCCACAGAGAUGAAGCCAUCUAUGAGUGCACAGCCACCAACAGCGUGGGGGAGAUCAAUACCAGCGCCAAGCUGACGGUGCUGGAGGAGGACCAGAUCCCACAUGGCUUUCCCUCCAUAGACAUGGGCCCCCAGCUGAAGGUCGUGGAGAGAACCCGCACUGCCACCAUGCUCUGCGCCGCCAGUGGAAAUCCAGACCCAGAGAUCUUCUGGUUCAAAGACUUCCUGCCUGUAGAGAUCGACAGCGGUAACGGACGGAUAAAACAGCUGCGCUCAGGUGGUACACCCAUAAGAGGAGCGCUGCAGAUAGAAAACAGCGAGGAGUCGGAUCAGGGGAAGUACGAGUGCGUGGCUGUGAACAGAGCGGGGACUCGUUACUCUUCCCCCGCCAACCUGUAUGUGCGAGAUCAACGGGAAGUCAGGCGCGUGCCUCCACGUUUCUCCAUUCCCCCCACCAGCCAGGAGGUAAUGCCAGGCGGCAGCGUCAACCUGACCUGUGUGGCGGUCGGUGCUCCCAUGCCUUACGUCAGGUGGGUGAGUGGGGAGGCAGAGCUGACGCAGGAGGACAAGAUGCCCGUCGGCCGCAACGUCCUGGAGCUCACCAACAUCCACCAAUCAGCCAACUACACAUGUGUGGCCACGUCGUCCCUGGGCACGAUUGAGACCACGGCCCAGGUCUUUGUUAGAGCUCUUCCCAGGAUGCCUACCUCCCUCAUCGUCACGGAAACGACUGCCACCAGCGUCACUCUGACUUGGGACUCUGGGAACUCUGACCCAGUGCUCUACUAUGUGAUUCAGUACCGUUCCAAACUGUCUGAGAACGGUUUUCAGGAAGUGAACGGCGUAGCGACGACCCGGUACAGCAUUGGUGGACUCAGCCCAUUCUCCGAGUACGAGUUCCGCGUCAUUGCAGUAAACAACAUCGGGCGGGGGCCUCCUAGCAGCCUUGUGCACACCCGUACAAGCGAGCAGGCUCCAUCCUCCCCUCCUCUCCAUGUGCAAGCCCGGGUGCUGAGCCCCAGUACUAUGCUGGUGAGGUGGGACCCCCCAGAGGAGCCCAACGGGCAGAUACAGGGGUACCGGGUUUACUACAGUUCAGAGCCCAGCGACCCACUCAGCACCUGGCAGAUACACAACACCGACAACAGCCAGUUCACCACCAUCUCAGGUCUGAAAACAGGUCUCACCUACAGCCUGAGGGUGCUGGGUUUCACCUCUGUGGGGGACGGACCUCCAUCGGAGGUUCUGCGGCUCAAAGCUCAGGCAGGAGUUCCAGCUCAGCCGGACGGGUUUGAAGCUGAGACAGAGCUGGACACACGGAUCCGGCUGUCAUGGCUUUGGCCUGUCCAGGAUCCUGUAGUUGGAUAUGAACUUCUUUACUGGGAAGCCAACAAUCCCGAGAAUAAGCACCGAGUGUCCCUGGAUGCCGCGGGCUCCUACGCGCUGGACGGCCUGAAGCCGGACACGUCGUAUGGUUUUUCUCUGGCAGCUCAGUCUGAAAUGGGUGUGGGAGUUUUCACCGAGCCCAUUGAAGCCAGAACCACCCAGUCGAUGACUGGAGCUCCUCCCAGGAAGGUGGAGGCUGAGGCCUUGAACUCCAGUGCCAUAAGAGUGAGCUGGAUGCCCCCCCUGUCAGUGAAACAGCAGGGGCCGGUGCUGGGGUACCAUCUCAUCUGCUCUCGGAUGGAGAAUGGGCAGCCACAUGGCCAGCCGAUUCUUCUGGACGUGCCGGUUUAUGAAGCUCAGGAGGCUCUCAUAACUGGCCUGCUUCCUGAGACGACAUACUCUGUGACAGUGGCGGCCUACACCUCCAAAGGUGAUGGAGCUCGUAGCAAGGUCAGGCAGGUGACGACCUCAGGAGCAGUGCCGGGGAAGCCCUCCAUGAUGAUCAGCACCAUGAUGGGGAACAUGGCUCUGAUCCAGUGGCAGCCCCCCAAAGAAAUGGUCGGGGAGCUCGUGGGCUUUCAGCUGCAGUACCGAAGAGCUGAUGAAGACGCUUUUACCGUCAAAGACUUCAAGAAGACCGAUGAUCACUUUGCUGUCACCGGCCUCCACAAGGGGGCCACUUACACCUUCAAGCUGUCUGCAAAAAACCGAGCAGGUGUCGGCGAGGAGCAUGUCAAGGAGAUCAGCACGCCUGAGGACGUCCCCAGCAGCUACCCUCAGAACCUGAGCGUGGUGGGCUUAGGCUCCUCCUCCGCUAGGCUGACUUGGGAACCCCCGCCUACAGCCGACAGGAACGGCAGGAUCGUCAGAUACGUCAUCGUGUACCGAGAUAUCAACAGUCCGAACAACAGCUCCAACAGUACCACAGAAACGCAGAUGACGCUUCAGGGUCUGCAGCCAGAAACUACCUAUGACAUCAGGGUCCAAGCCUUCACCAGCAAAGGAGGAGGACCCAUCAGCCCCAGCAUCCAGAUCAGAACCUCGCCCACCUCAAUGCCAGUGUUCGCCAAGAACUUUGGAGUGCAGGCUGUGAUGAAGACCUCAGUGCUGUUGACCUGGGAUCUGCCGGACUCAUACGAGCCUCAAGUUCCACUCAAGAUUCUGUAUAACCAGCAGAGCGUGGAGGUUGAAGGUGACCAGAAGAGGAAGCUCAUCACUCAGCUGCAGCCUGACACCGAGUACUCCUUCGUCCUCAUGAGUCGAGGGAAUGGGGCUGGCGCCAUCCAGCAGCAGGUUUCCAUCCGCACCGCUCCGGAUUUGCUGAAUUUCAAACCAGCGCUGUACCCUUCAGACGUGGAGGAGGACGGUCAAGUGGUCAUUGCCCUGCCUCAGGUUCCUGCUGCAGCUGCUCCUGCCAGGUGGUUCUACGUGGUGGUCGUUCCAGAAACUGCAGGUUCUCCACAAAGAAACCCGGAAGACAUGGACAUUCAUCGGCUCCUGGACGGUGGUCCUGAUGGAGAUCUCCUUCAGCCUUUCAUUGCUGCCAAGCUCCACACUCUGUCAGAGAUCUUCAUCCUCGGAGAUGAGAAGACAUACAAUGGCUACUCCAACAAACGCCUCCAGGACCAGCAAGAGUACCGCUGCUUUGUUCUGGCUGAGUUAACGGGUCACCAGUAUAGGACUUUGGCGGUCAGCUCGUUCUCCGAGGCCUUCACGCUGAACUUCAGCGGCGUAAUUCAACAUCCCCAGGAGGAUCCAGAGAUGUUGUGGGUGAUGGGUCCGGUUCUCGCUGUCAUCGUCAUCAUCAUCAUUGUCAUCGGUAUUUUACUCUUCAAGAGCAAACAGGAAAGGAAACGAACCUGUCCAGCGAAGGAUGAGCACAUUCUGGGGAUGAAGGAGUCCCUCACGGCUCAUGUGGUGGAUCCUGUGGAGAUGAAGAGGCUGACCUGUCAGACUCAAGGGAUGAAGGACCGUCCUCCUGUUGCUGUCUGUGACCUGGCAGACCACGUGGAGAGACUCAAGGCGCACGAAUGUCUGCGAUUCUCACAGGAGUAUGAGUCUAUUGAUCCGGGACAGCAGUUCACCUGGGAACACUCCAACCUCGAGGUUAACAAGCCAAAGAACCGCUACGCCAACGUCAUCGCUUAUGAUCACUCCAGAGUGCCCCUCACACCAGUGGAUGGAGUUCCAGGUAGUGACUACAUAAAUGCGAACUACAUUGACGGCUACAGGAGACAGAACGCCUACAUCGCCACGCAGGGACCCCUGCCAGAGACCCUGGCUGACUUCUGGAGGAUGGUAUGGGAGCAGAAGACCUGCACUAUCGUUAUGAUGACCCGUCUGGAGGAGAAGUCACGGGUGAAGUGUGACCAGUACUGGCCCAGUCGAGGCACAGAAACUUAUGGCACGAUCCAGGUGACCAUGUUGGACACUGUGGAGCUCGCUGCAUAUGUCAUAAGGUCAUUGACCAUCAGCAAGAACGAUUCAAGUGACAAAAGGGAAGUUCGACAGUUUCAGUUCUUAGCCUGGCCCGAUCAUGGAGUUCCUGAGUAUCCGACGCCGAUUCUGGCCUUUGUUCAUCGAGUGAAGGCCUGUAAUCCUCAGAAAGCUGGACCCAUGGUGGUUCACUGCAGUGCGGGGGUGGGGCGCACAGGCUGCUUCAUCGUCAUCGACGCCAUGCUGGACAGACUGAAGCGUGAGAAGUCGGUGGACGUUUACGGUCUGGUGACCUGCAUGCGAGCUCAGAGGAACUACAUGGUGCAAACGGAGGAUCAGUACGUGUUCAUCCACGACGCCCUGCUGGAGGCCGCCAUGUGCGGCAGCACGGAGAUUCCUGCUCACGGCCUGUACGCCCACAUGCAGAAGCUCAGCCACAUGCCUCCUGGAGAGACGGCCACAGCCAUGGAGCAGGAGUUUAAAAAACUGUCCAAUUAUAAGGCCCACACACUGAGAUUCAUCAGUGCCAACUUGCUAUGUAACAAGUUUAAGAACCGGCUGAUGAACAUUUUGCCUUUUGAGUCGACUCGCGUCUGCCUGCAGCCAAUCAGAGGGCUGGAGGGCUCUGACUACAUCAACGCCAGUUUCAUUGAUGGGUACAGGAAGCAGAGGGCGUACAUCGCCACCCAAGGCCCACUGCCGGAAACCACAGAGGACUUGUGGAGGAUGCUGUGGGAACACAACUCCACCAUUGUUGUCAUGCUCACCAAACUUCGUGAGAUGGGACGGGAGAAAUGUCAUCAGUACUGGCCAGCAGAGCGUUCUGCUCGUUACCAUUACUUCACCGUGGACCCCAUGGCUGAGUACAAUAUGCCAGAAUACAUCCUGCGAGAGUUCAAGGUCACAAACUCCAGGGACGGUCAGUCAAAGACCAUCCGGCAGUUUCAGUUCACUGGCUGGCCUGAGCAGGGAGUUCCCCAGACUGUGGAGGGCUUCAUCGAUUUCAUCGGCCAAGUUCACAAAACUAAGGAGCAGUUUGGUCAGGACGGACCCAUCACUGUACACUGCAGUGCUGGAGUUGGGCGGACUGGAGUCUUCAUCACUUUGAGCAUCGUGCUGGAGAGAAUAAGGCAGGAGGGAGUGGUCGACGUCUUCCAGACGGUCAAGGUCCUGCGGACACAGAGGCCGGCCAUGGUGCAAACAGAGGAGCAGUACCAGCUGUGCUACAGAGCUGCUCUGGAGUAUCUGGGAAGCUUUGAUCACUUUGCAACAUAACCUCAGAACAGUUUGGUGAUCUCUGAGCUGGAUCCUCGCUGCACCACAAGUCCUGUGAGGCCUAAUGAGGAGACUCUAAGCAGGACUGGUCAAUAUGACGCCUGCCAGACUCAGGAGAGGUGAAAGGUCACCGUGGACUACUGCCAUGAAGCUGCUACAGACCUCCUCAUGACUGGAAGCCAACCAGACAGGACUUGAGUUGAACUCUUGCCACAUAUCAAUUUGAUUUUCAAUUUUUAUGAGACUAUUCUUUAUUUUGUAAAUCCAUACAGCGAUAUUUUCUUAAUUUAAUUAUUUUGUCUGGAGAACAGGAUAUGAAAGAACAUUCAUUCACAGCUGCUACGUUGAUUAUAUUUGAUCAAGCAUCUGGUAUUCUCGUGUCAUUAUGAUUAAAGGGUAAUGAUGACUGCAGCAAAGGGGGAGUGUUACUGAAAGCUCUGCUGCAUCCAUCACUUCUUAAUCUGACAGGUUACACCUACAAAAUGAGCUCAGUACUUUCUUAAAUGUCAGCAGUAAAAUCUUUUUAGAGGUUUUAUGAAUGAAAUUGUCAUUUACAAAAACCAAUGCAAUGAUGACGACUGCUUCUUUCUGCUGAUAUUUGUUAGACAAUUGUUUCAUCUAAAACCUCAUCGUGUCGUAAGGACUCAAACCUAACAAAGGUUUUAUGACACUUUUUAUGCACGCAACACCUUGAUCUUUCAUCUAAUGAUUCUUUCCUCAUGCUAUUUGUUGCAGCCGUGAUCCGGCUGUUCUGGCAUUGAUGAGCCUGUACCCAACUACCUUAAUUUAUUAAAAUCCUUUUAAAAAGCAAA